CCUGUUUACAAAACGCAAUUGUCCAAAAAAUAAAGAAGUUUUCCAGCGAAAUUCAGUAAAAUAAUAUUUAUAAGACAGUUAAAAAAGAUGCCUUGGGUAGUUCGAGAAGUGAUGAGAAGAGCAUUAAAGGCAUCCAUUGCAGUUUUUCUUGGGAUUAUUGUUGAAAUUUCCGCUGGAGAAACGCACAGUGUGAAAAAAGACUCUCCAACACCAGAAACAUCCGGGAAUAGCAGUGCACAACCCAUAUUAACACCAUCGAAUGCUACAACAGUGGAAGUUCCUGUAGUACGACCUGCCCAUACCGAUGGAGAAUCCUUACAGACAGCUCUACUGGCAUUUGUAGCCUUGGGCAUCCUCCUGCUUUUCUUUAUUGUCUUUCGCUCCUAUAGACUACGGACAUCACGUGCAGAGAGAAGGUAUGGAGUACUGGGAGACAGAAGUGCCCAGGAAUUAACACCACUCCCAAUGGCUACAGAAGAGGACGAAGAUGAAAGCGGUGAAGAUGAACAGACUCUCUUCGACGCGAGCCACAGAAGCUUUGGAGGCGAAAGACAGCCACGUAUGGUGCUCUAAGACUCUAUCCAGGACACUCCAGGAUACAGUGCUCGCGCUCAAAUGUGAUACAAAUGCCACAACUCUCGAAAGAUUGCGUAUUAUUUUGUUAACUGCAAUAAUUGCCAAGAUUUCAGAACUAAUAGACUAAAUUAAAUUGAUUUUUUUAAU